AGCCAACAGAACCGGGGGGGGGGGGGGGGGGUCCCCCGCACGCGCUCCAACACCUCUCUCUCUCCUUCCGCUGUUUCUCUCUCUUCACUCCUCCCUCGCUUCUCCCCCCAGUCCUCACACCAAGUUUCCUCUCCUGCGCCUCCCCCCGCGCCCAUAUAAUCCGGGCCGGCCGGUUCGCGGAUGGGCACGGGCUCGUCGACCUAGGGUUUGGUCGGUCGGUCGGUCGGCUGGUGGCUGGCUGGCUGGCGGUGCGAGGAGCCGGCGCUGCUCGCUCUCCCACUAGGGUUCCCCGGCGGCUCGCGCGGCAUGGUGCUGCGGCGGUUCUCGUGGCCCUACGGCGGCCGCAGCGCCUCCUUCUGCGGCAGCUUCACUGGGUGGAGGGAAUGCCCCAUGGGGUUGGUCGGGGCCGAGUUCCAGGUCGUCUUCGAUCUGCCCCCCGGGGUGUACCAGUACCGAUUUUUGGUUGAUGGUGUCUGGAGGUGUGAUGAGACGAAACCUUGUGUACGUGAUGAAUAUGGACUGAUCAGCAAUGAAUUGCUUGUGGAAAACAAUGCAAACCCCAUUGUGCAGCUGGAACCUUCUUCUAGUAGAGGAAUUAAUAUGGAUGAGGGUACCAUUUUGACAACGAUGCCCCCAGAACCAUCAUCUCAAAACUCAGGUGUGCAGAGAGCAGUUUUCCGCCAUCGGGUCUCUGGAAUAUUAUUACAUAAUACCAUAUAUGAUGUUGUUCCUGUUUCUGGCAAGAUAGCAGUUUUGGACUCAGAGAUUCCUGUUAAUCAAGCAUUUAAAAUUAUGCAUGACGAGGGUCUUUCUUUGGUUCCUCUUUGGGAUGACAAUCAGGGAACCAUAACAGGCAUGCUGACUGCAUCGGAUUUUGUAUUAAUCUUGAGAAAGUUGCAAAGAAACAUUCGAUCUCUUGCCCAUGAGGAACUUGAAAUGCACCCCGUUUCUGCUUGGAAAGAAGCAAAACUACAGUUUUAUGGAGGUCCAGAUGGAGCUGCCAUGCAGAGAAGGCCAUUAAUUCAUGUUAAGGAUUCUGAUAAUUUAGUGGAUGUGGCACUGACUAUAAUCAGAAAUGAAAUAUCUUCAGUUCCUAUCUUUAAGUCCCUGCCAGAUUCAUCAGGGAUGCCUUUACUUAAUCUUGCAACCCUUCCAGGGAUUUUGAAAUUUCUUUGCACAAAGCUCCAAGAACAGCCUGAAGGUUAUUCGUUUCUGCAAAAUCAGCUUGUCAGUAUUCCUAUUGGUACAUGGUCUCCACAUACUGGCAGGGCAAGUAACAGACAGCUCAGAACUUCACGACUGAGUGCUCCUCUAAAUUCCUGUCUGGAUUCGUUGCUUGAAGCUAGAGUAAGCUCAAUUCCUAUAGUUGAUGACAAUGGAUCCCUCCGCGAUGUCUACUCACUCAGUGAUAUCAUGGCUCUGGCAAAGAAUGAUGUUUACGCUCGCAUUGAACUUGAACAAGUGACCGUGCAAAAUGCUUUGGAUGUGCAAUACCAGGUGAAUGGCCGAAGACAGUGCCAUACUUGUUCGCAGACGAGUACCUUGCUUGAAGUUUUGGAGCAAUUGUCUAUUCCAGGGGUGCGGCGGCUUGUAGUUAUUGAACCAAGUACCAGAUUUGUGGAAGGAAUCAUCUCAUUGAGAGACAUAUUUACAUUUCUCCUUGGAUAGCAUCUGUGUAGCCAUUCCAUACAUGAAAGCAUGCUGUACUUGAUUCGGACAAAAUAAAAAGGUUUCUGCAAAUGUGAUAGUCUUCUUUCUUUCUUCA